CGCGCUCCGCUGCACUCUGAUUGGUGAAGCCGCCUCCUACCGUGGGUCCCGCGAGCGCCCCUGGUUGAGCUCUGCGCCAGCCGGGUGGUGACGACCCGCGGGGAUCCGGUAACCUCCAGGCUGUUAAGCACGGCGAGGACUGGCAGGACGGCCGGCUCCAUCCGGCGCUUCAGCCGGGUGGCAAGAGCAGCUCCAAAUCGGGCCUGGUUCCGCCGUACCCCUCUCGAUAGUCUCGCUGGAACAUGUUGUCCAGGGCCCAGGUGAGGCGGGUUCUGCAGCGGGUGCCCGGGAAGCAGCGACUCGGCAUCUACAGGUUCCUGCCCUUCUUUUUUGUCCUGGGAGGAACGAUGGAGUGGAUCAUGAUCAAAGUGCGCGUGGGCCAGGAGACCUUCUAUGAUGUCUACCGUAGAAAAGCCUCGGAAAGACAGUAUCAGAGAAGGCUGGAAGAUUCAUCAGAGACUGAACUUCAGCAUUCAAUAAACUCCACUGACAUUAAAGGGCUGGACCUUCAUGAGGACUGAAGUUGACAGCCUUUACACUCCUCUUGAGAUGAAGAUGCAGCUCUUGCAUCCAGCUACUAAAGAAAACACUUGCUCCUUCUGUAAGAAAGUGAAUCUAUACUUGAACUAUACCAUAGAAUCAAUCUAUUAGGAGAGAUUUUGCAAGGUGACCCAGAUUAAGUUUGGGUCAGCUAGUGAAAAAGCAAAGGCAUCUUUCCAUGCUUGCUAAACACAAUCCAAUGUCUUUUCAAAAAGAAAAUAUCUACAUAUUAGGGAAGACUAAGUUUCAAAAUAGUUUCUAACUGCUGCUGACAAAAAAGCAAGCAGAUUAGUGUAAGGCCACAGGGUCUCCUCCAGUUAAUGAUCUCUGCCACAUAUAUCUCUUUUAAAAAUUUUCUAAUUUAAGCUAGUUUAUCCAUGUUAGAACCAAUUCAGUGUAAAUAAAGAACUGACUAUUCAGCCACCAUCAGGAGAUGGCUUGAACAUGAAGACGAGGGAGAGAAAUAUGGUUCAUCCUAUUCUCAUGCGCUGCUGUGUCAGCUAAAGAGUUCUUGUGAGCCUAACCUUGGAGACAUUUUAGUUGAUUAGACUGCUGCAUAAGAAAUUAAAAUUGUGGAAUGAAGCAUUUCAAUUAUGUGGCCUUAUUCUAUAUAUUUUCCUCCCCAGUUUUAGAAGUUUAAAUAACAUUUGAUACAGAGAAUAUGUAACA